AUGCCCCCAAGACGAGUUUAUCAAAGGCGUAAGACAAAUGGCCGUGCUGGAGGAGAACGUGAGGUGGAGAGACAUGCUGCGCCUCCCUCACCUCCACUACCAGAUGCUGCUACCCGAAUACUGGAAGGAAUGGCUCAGCUCCUGGAACAACAUACUGGUAACGCCCAUAGGGGACGACAGGAGGACGUGUAUAUGCAGUUCAGGAGGAUGGACCCUAAGGAUUUUGCUGGCACUACUGACCCCUUUGUUGCUGAGGGGUGGAUCCGAUCCUUGGAGGUGAUAUUCCGAUACAUGGACAUGGCUGACGCUGACAAAGUUCGAUGUGCCAUAUAUCUGCUGAAGGAUGAUGCUUUGCUAUGGUGGGAGGGAGCUGAAAAGGGGGUUAAUCAGAAUACCCUGACCUGGGAGGAGUUCAAGGGGAUCUUCUACGACAAGUAUUUUACCGCUGAUGUGAGAUCGAGGUUGAAGAGGGAGUUUAUGAGUCUUCGUCAAGGAGACUUGUCUGUUGCUGAAUUUGUUAAGAAAUUCGAUAGAGGAUGUCAUUUUGUGCCCCUGAUUGCUAAUGAUGCUACAGAAAAAUUAAGGCACUUUCUGGAUGGCCUCAGGCCAACUAUCCGCCGGGAUGUUCUUUUGGCUGAUCCGACUGAAUACCAAGACGCCGUCACUAGAGCCUUCAGAGCCGAGCAGUCUUUGAAAGAUAUCGAGUGGGAAGUGCAGAGAAAGAGGCCUCCUCCACAACAGCAACAGCAGCAGAAUAAGAAGUCAUAUACCGGACCACAGAAAGGGCAAGGACAGUCGAAAUUUCAAGGGAAAAUGAAGCAAUCACCGCAGGAAGCAACUGCCGUCAAGACAGAGGAAAAACCAUUGUGUAAGGAGUGCAAUCGCCAGCACUAUGGCCAGUGCCUGUGGGGCACCUACAAGUGCUUCAAAUGCGGAGGAGACGGGCACAAAGCUAAAGAAUGCCCGAAAUUACGAGAACCGGUGACCGGACGAGCAUUUGUGAUGCAUGCCAAGGAAGCAGAGCCAGACACUACGCUUAUCACAGGUAGGAUAUCCAACGCAGGUGUAGCUACAUAUGCUUUGCUGGAUUCAGGAGCUACACACUCAUUUAUAUCGAAGGCCUUCGUAAAGCGACUAGGAAUUUUACCAGAAGACAAGGGGAUUGUAUUUAGAGUCACUGGACCUUCUGGUGAACAGAUGUUAUCUACCAGGAUGGUGAAGGACAUGGAGCUUAGACUGCAAGAGCAGGUGGUUCAAGCAGAUCUCAUUGUGUUGCCAAUGCCAGAGUUCGAUAUUAUUCUGGGAAUGGAUUGGUUAUCACGGAAUGGAGCUACGAUCGACUUUCGGCGGAGGACAGUGUCCAUCCGAUCACCCCGCGGGGAGCCGUUUAUUUUUGAGGCAACCAGAGACAGACAAAGGCUGCACCUCAUUUCUUGUGUCAGUGCAAGGAAACUCAUGAUGAGGGGAUGUCAGGGAGUUCUAGCAAAUGUUAUUUCCAUACCUGAUGUAGUCAACCAUAAGGUGGAGGAUGUCGAAGUUGCCCGAGAAUUUCCUAACGUAUUCCCUGAGGAUGUCUCUGGUAUUCCUCCGGAAAGAGAGGUGGAAUUUUCCAUUGAGCUGAUACCCGGUACCGUGCCAAUCUCUAAGGCACCGUAUCGACUUGCUCCGACAGAAAUGAAAGAACUGAAGAAUCAGAUUCAAGAGUUGGUAAAAGAAACGGACGUGCACAAGACGGCCUUCAGGACGCGAUAUGGACAUUAUGAGUUUAUGGUAAUGCCAUUCGGAGUGACAAAUGCCCCAGCAAUCUUCAUGGAUCUCAUGAAUCGCAUAUUUCAGCCGUACCUCGAUCAGUUCAUUAUUGUAUUCAUAGAUGACAUUUUGAUCUAUUCAAAGAGCAGGGAGGAGCAUAGUCAACACUUGAGAAUCGCUUUGCAGAUAUUACAAGACCGAAAGUUGUUUGCAAAGUUCAGCAAGUGCGAGUUCUGGUUAGAGAAAGUAGCAUUCUUGGGCCAUGUUAUUUCAAAGGAUGGGGUUGAAGUAGAUCCUAUUAAAGUUGAGGCAGUCAGAGCAUGGCCAAGGCCUAAAAAUGCAACCGAGAUACGCAGUUUCUUGGGUUUGGCGGGCUACUAUCGGAAAUUCAUCAAGGGUUUUUCUUCCAUUGCAGUGCCCUUGACGGCCCUUACGAAGAAGAAUGCUAAGUUUAUAUGGGGGGAUGAUUGUCAAGACAGUUUUGAGCAGUUGAAGCAAGCGCUUACUACAGCGCCAGUUUUAGCUAUGCCAUCAAGUCAGGGAGAGUAUGUGUUGUAUACAGAUGCUUCGAAGCUAGGCUUGGGCGCGGUUUUAAUGCAGCAUGAUCGAGUCAUUGCGUAUGCGUCCCGACAGUUAAAAGUACAUGAAAAGAAUUGUCCUACCCAUGACCUUGAACUGGCAGCGGUUGUGUUUGCCCUCAAGAUCUGGAGACAUUAUUUAUAUGGGGAGAAGUGCAAAAUAUUUACUGACCACAAAAGCCUAAAGUACAUUUUCACCCAGAAGGAGCUGAACAUGAGACAGAGAAGAUGGCUAGAGCUUGUGAAGGACUACGAUUGCGAUAUUCACUACCACCCCGCAGCCAUGGGGACUAAACUAUUGUUUAGUACAGCAUUUCAUCCCCAAACAGAUGGUCAAUCGGAAAGGGUGAUACAAAUUUUAGAAGACUUGCUGCGAGCAUGUGUGAUCGAUUUCCAAGGGGGUUGGGAAUCAAAGCUACCGCUUGUGGAGUUCACUUAUAACAACAGUUAUCAGUCAUCUAUAGGCAUGGCUCCUUAUGAGGCACUUUAUGGAAGGAGGUGCAGAUCCCCCAUCCAUUGGGAUGAAGUGGGAGAGAGGGAAGAGGUGGGACCAGAAAUCGUGAGGCAUACAGCAGACCUAGUAGCCAGGAUUAGAGAGAGAAUGAAGACUGCCCAAAGUCGGCAAAAGAGCUAUGCUGAUAGAAAUAAACUCUUUAUUUUACUUAAGGGGGGCUAA